AUGGAUACCAGCAGUAUCCCACAGGUGUUUUUCGACCGUGCCGCCCAGCGCGGCGGGAAAACGGCCCACUUGGUCAAGCGGGACGGAGUUUGGCGUGAGAUUUCCUGGCAGGAGUUGCGGGACCUCGUGCGCCAAGUCGCCAGAGGCCUGCUGACGCUGGACCUGCAGGCGGGCGACCGCGUUGCCAUCCUGUCCGACAGCCGGGCGGAAUGGGUGCAGUGCGACCUUGGCAUCAUGGCCGCGGCGGGCAUUACGGUGCCGAUCUACGCCUCCUCAACGCCCGAUCAGGCCGCCUACAUUCUGCAAAACUCCGGUGCGACGGCGAUGUUCAUUGAUACGUCCGCGCAACUCGACAAGGUCCUGGCCGUUCGCGAUCAGGUCCCGACCCUGAAGCACAUCGUCAUGGUGGCGGAUGACCCGCCGGGCGCCGAUGAUUCUAUCCUGACGCUUGCCGACCUGAUUCAAAGAGGCCGCGACGCCGCCGAUCAGGAAGCCGUUCUCGAAGAGCGCCUGCAAGGCCUGACGCCGGAACACGAGGCCACCUACGUUUAUACCUCGGGCACCACGGGGCCGCCCAAGGGGGUCGUGCAAACCCACGGCAACCACCUGUUCAUGAUGGAGAGUUGCGGCGCGAUCACCGACCUUGGCGAGGGCGACGUUAAUCUGCUUUUUCUUCCUCUGGCGCAUUCGUUCGCGCGCCUCGAAUCCUUCCUCGGCUUUUACAAGGGCUGGACCACCGCCUUCGCGGAAAGCAUCGACGCAUUGUCGCAGAACAUGCGCGAAGUCCGGCCCAUGCUGGUGAUGAGUGUGCCGCGGGUCUAUGAAAAGGUUUACGCCAGCGUGCAAGCCGGUGCUGCCGGGUCGCCCGUCAAGCGAGCCAUCUUCAACUGGUGCGUCGGCGUCGGGCGACAGGCCAGUCGCCUGCAGCAACAGGGCCAGCUGCUGCCGCUGGGCCUCAGCCUGAAAAGACACUUGGCACACCGGCUGGUGUUCGGGAAACUCCACGAAGCGCUCGGCGGGCGGUUGCGCUACUUCGUGUCCGGCGGCGCACCGCUGGCGCGGGAAAUCGCCGAGUUCUUUCACGCUGCCGGCCUGCUCAUCCUGGAAGGCUACGGUCUCACGGAGACCUGCCCGGCACUGACCGCCAAUCGACACGACAACUACAAAUUUGGCACUGUUGGCCUGCCGGUGCCGGGUGUGGAACUGCGCCUCAGCGACGACGACGAAAUCCUGGCGCGCGGGCCGAACAUUGCCAGUGGCUACUACCAGCGGCCGGAGGCGACGGCGGAGGUGUUUCUUGAUGAUGGCUGGUUCGCCACCGGGGACAUCGGCGAGAUCGAUGCGGAUGGCUUUCUGCGCAUCACCGAUCGCAAGAAGGACCUCCUGGUUACGGCCGGCGGCAAGAACGUGGCGCCGCAAAACAUCGAGAAUCUGCUCAAGGGCGAUCCGCUCAUCAGCCAGGCGAUGGUCUAUGGCGACCGCCGCCCCUUUCUGACCGCCGUGCUCACCCUCGACGUGGAGUCCGCGACGGCCUAUGCCCGGGAGUUGGGCAUCAGCGGCGACACGGUUGCUGAGUUGGCCGAAAACCCGCAAAUCCGCACCCUGCUGGAGGGCCGUGUGGAACGGGUCAACCAGCGCUUGGCGCCGUAUGAGUCGAUCAAGAAGUUUGUGAUUGCGCGGGAGGAUUUUACGGAGGCAAGCAACGAAUUGACGCCGACGUUGAAGGUCAAACGGCAGGUGGUGACGCAGAAAUAUCAGGCUGAACUCGAUCAGCUCUAUUGA